UAACUUGAGUCAGCGCUGACAAUUCGUUGUGUUUCCUUAUCGCACGAGCAUCGUUUUUUCCACACUGUGUACCAUGUCGGCAUCCCCUAUGGCCAGACAAGUCACUGAGAGCAAAACCAUUCCCACCAAAAAAGUGUACAUUAACGACCCUUCGGACCUCCCGUCGCACUACUCGUCAACCCCUGGAGGCACCCUCUAUUCCACCACUCCAGGAGGUACGAAAAUAGUCUACGAGAAGGCGUUCCUGAUGAACUUGAGGAACUCCCCCAUAGCGAAAACACCCCCGAGUUACGGAAUCCCCGAGUCGUUGAUGAAGGGCAAACCCAACCACUACAACGGAACUAACAAACGGUGCUCCAACACCAACAACCACAUCUCGAGGAAGAUCGACGAUUCUCAUGAGGAGCAGUUCCAGAUUGAUAUUUAACAAAGACUGCAUUUAUGGUUUUCGUAGGCUUAGUUGGACACUUCUCGACUCACGCGACCCCUUAAACUCGAAAAUCGACGUGAUAAGAAAUUUUGGGUUUUCCGUAGGCUGCGUCAGAGCGGGAACGUGUCGAUCGAUGUUACUAUUUUCUUUUGUAUUAUUUAAUGUAUUUUUCACUGUGUUCUUAAUAAAACAAUGAAAAUAA